AGGGGCGAGUUCGUUCAGAGACGAGGAUCAUAUACAGUGCAUGCGCCUAAGCUUGUGUCGUCGUGAGCUUCGUUCAGGCAUCGUCUCAUCCGCCCGUUGCCGACACAUUAUCCGUUGAUUGCAGUAUGCAAGACGAUUGGAACUUGGUCCGUGAUCAUUUGACGUCUUCCCGAGGAUUGAAACUCGUCUCGCAAGAUAAAACACAGACAUCAGAUAUCCUGUUCAUCCCUUUCCCUACUUCAUAUCGGACGAUGAUCUUCUCACGCAUCUUCUCCUUCUCCAUCCUAUACGUGGUGUCAGGGAUGCUCGACCAGGCAUGCCAUACGCCAGACAUCCUACCCUGCACCUGCCAAGCUGACUAUACCAUUCACCCUUCAGCUCCUAAGAUGAGAGUGGACUGUUCGAGGGCCAACACAAGUAAAGAAAUCUUCUCGGCACUAAACAAUUUUUCCAUCACCCAACUCUGGGAAUUCCGCGUGACUAAUAACAAGAAGUUGCAAGAACUUCCUGAGGGAAUCUUUGGUCAUCUUUCCUUAGAGAAUAUAUACUUGAACAACACCGGCGUGAGGACGAUCCAUCCAUCGGUCAUCCUUUCCUCCAAAGAUCGGCUCGUGAACAUGACGAUCGAAUACAGUCUCCUCGAGGAAUUCCCGUUCCAUCUUCUAUCAAGCCUCCCUCGUCUCACAAAACUUCGUUUACCUCACAAUUCCCUGACCUCGGUUCCUGCCGUCCGGACCGACUCUCUCGAGACGCUCAAUCUUGAAUACAAUAACAUUUCUAUAAUGGAAGAGGUCGGAUGGGCGACACCCAACUUGAGGAAACUCUCCCUCAGUGGAAAUCCAAUUUCGACGCUGCCCUCUGCGAUGAUCAAAAACCAAAAGAAACUGGAAGAAUUUUCUUGUUCCAAGUGCAAACUGGGACCCAUCCUUUCAAAUGGGCAGUUGGAAUUCCACAGCAAGGCUUUGAAGGACGUCUACUUGAAGAUGAAUGACAUCUCGAGGCUCGAGCCAGGAGCCAUCACAGGUAUCACAUCUGGCACGAGGGUUUACCUUUCGAGCAACAAGAUCGCUAAAUUGGAUGCGAAGUCUUUCCAUGGCAUACUACAUGUCCUAUCCCAGGGAGAUGGAACCCUUGCCCUAUCUGACAACCCGAUCCGGUGUGGUUGCGAAUUAGAAUGGCUGGUGCGCGAUCCUGAAUUGCUAAGAAAAAUUCACGGGUCGUGCGAGAAUGGCACCGUCUUGAAAGCCCUGGGUCGGGAUUCCUUCAAAGAUUGUCGCACGUGUCCUUACGAGUGUGUCGACGCUCAGAGCAAAAAUGCCAGGCACCGCCCUGACGAGCUCGGCGAAAAGUACGUGUCCCAUCGGUUUCAAGUGUGUAAAUGUCGACUUCAUCGCCAUGUGCGACCUGUGCAGCGUAAGCCUCUCCUUAUCGUGUCCUUCCGCAAAGCAAGUCUGUUGUUGGAUCCCGGAGAGGCCACCCUGUCCAUCGACCCACUCCUGUCUUCAUUCCUCUGUUAA